GCUUCAGGGCUGGAUGUUCAUUUUGCUGCUUGAAUAAGGUGGAUGUUCGUGUAGUUUUUUUCCUGGGAACUAGAAACCAAGUGAACGUGUGACUCGGCCUGUGAGUGAAGGGUGAUAGGCCUAGCUGCCGCCGCUGUUGCCAAGGUUUCCUCAGGCUUCCAUAUGGCCAGGCAAGGAUAAUAGACAGUGAACUGAGGAUUAAUGGUGUUUAGGAGGAAGUUCCCCACAGCUUGCACUUGAGUUUUGAAUGACCUAGUUAUUUGUGAUGGAACCUCAAGGAACAGACCGAUCCCCUUCACCCUCAGGGUCAGAGGAGAUGGAGAGCAAUGCUGAUAGUGACCAUGAAGAUGAAGGUGAGAAUGAGAAGGAUUCAGAUAAUGAGAACCAGGCUGAUGACGACGACGACGAUGAGGACGAGGAUAAGGAAGACUCGGAUGGUGAUGAUAGCGAGAUGGAAACUGGUGACAAUGGGGAUCAUUGUGAAGACUCUGAAUCGCAGAGCAGCAAGAAUGUGGAUUCGCCUUUGAAGCAAAUGGGAAAAAAUAGAGAGCACUUGCAAGAUGGAGAAUCCAACAGUGAUUCAGAGUCUCGUGUCCGCAAGAAGCAGAAUGCAAAGAGCAGAGAUGAGGGUCAUACUCAGGAUGGUGAAUCCUAUAGUGCUGAUUCAGAAUAUUAUCCAAUGGCUGACUUGCCAUUAGAAGUAAUAACUGUUGUGGAGCCCACAAACUAUGCUUAUCCAGUACUGAAAAAUAUGUCUAAUGGUGUGCUGACACACAGGAACAUCUUUACAGAACAUGAGCGUUCUGUACUGAAAGAAAUCAUCAACAAAUAUAGAAACAUAGUGGACACAAGAAGUCGCACUCGUGAAAUUUACCUGGAAAAGCAAAGUGUUUGGCAGCAGAUUGUGGAGGAGUACAACAGCACAGAGAACAUCAUGGUUCGCACUGAGAAGGAGCUUCGCAAAUGCUGGGACAACAUGAAGUAUCGAGCAAAACAAGCAGAAAAAGAGAUGAUAAAGGUGGAGCAAAGCUUUGCUGGAAUGGAACAUGAUCUUCAGAAUCUUGCCCAGCAGGCUUUUGAGGAGGCAGCAAUGCAGGCGAAGGUGCUGCAGAAGGGAGGGAUGACGAAGACAGAAGGUUUAGCACCUGAGUUUGAGGUCAAAAUGGAGCCCCUAGACAAUGAGGAUGGCCAUUCAGCUUCAGCAGAUGAAGACGAGUAUGAGGUGGACGGAGCCAGCAAUCCUGGAGGAGCUUUGAGUAGUGGUCUACCUGAGGAGGAGAGAGAACCUGCUCUGAAGAAAGCUCGGCAGGAGUCCCCCAAAUUGUCGAGCCUCCUCUUGGCAGCUGCAAAUAAGCGUUCUCCAUCGAAAAAGAGUGGUGGUCACAAGUCUUCCAGUGGUGGAAGCUUCCCAUACAACAUACCUGCCUGCACCAAGGUCAUGCACAUCAAAAAGAAGAACCAUUCCAAUGCUUCAUCUGCUCUUAAUGCAUCAUCGAAUUCAGAAAUUCCAAUUUUACCAAAAGGCUUAGCAUCUUGCCUCUCAAUCACCAAUAUUCCCAACCCCAUUAGCUCUAACAGUCAUUCUGGGCUUAGUUUUGGAACUCAUGGUAAGGAGCUGGGAUCACCAGGAAGCUCACCAAUCCAGCAUUCUAUGAAACCUAUGCCAAGCUUGAAGAAAAUGGUACCUGGCAAGCAUCAGUCAUCAGGCAGUGGGAAAAGUAGCAUGAAGAAAUCCAACUCACUAAGUUCAAAGACCAGAGGUCAUAGUUCAAACAGUUCUCAAAAUGUAAAUUCUGGACAUAAUCUGAAUUUAAAUCAUAGCAGUGUUGUGCAGGGUAACAGCGGCCUAGGAUCUCCAACUAACAGUGUUGAAAAUUAUGCAAGUGAACUGACAGACAGAUUAUUGAAUACAAAACUAGCCACUCAGCGUUUGGAAUUAGAGCGACGAGAGCAUGAAAUCAGAAUGAAACUCCUUGAAAAGGAGCUUCAGGCACAAACGUAUCAGUCCCAGUAUUGGUUCCUGAAGUUGAAAAUGUUGAAAAGUGGACGGGAAAAUGCUUCCUUCAACAUGGCUGGUGCUACUAAUGGUGAUAUUGAUUAACAGGGCUUAUUGAUAGGUCAGAUCUUACCUGUAGGUUGUGAGUUUGUGAUCUUUUCUGGAAGCAGAUAUUUUGAUAUUGUACAGAACAAAGCUACCUGUGUAUUGAAUUCCCACAGUGUAUUAUUUAUUUGGGGGUAAUGGUUUAUGUUGUACUGAGUAUGGUUGUUCCCCAUUUUAUUAUGGUUGUGUUUACAUCAGGCCCUUCAGUGUUGUGACUUAUAAUUUAGUUUUGGUUACCUCUUUUUAUAAUCAAAGCUCAGCAUUCGGAUAUUAUGCUUAGUAGGAGACGUAUGAUUUUGAAGGCCUGCUUCUUGUUUAUGUCAUUAGUUGUGCAUGGCCGUGUUGGUAAGUGAAGUAUCAUUUUUGUAUAGAUGUCAUUUAUGAAUAUGACUAAUAGAGAAGUAAUGUGAUUAGAAAAAAUAGAUAUAACUACAGAGUUAGCACUAAACUACUACCUCAUGGGUUAGUUAGUUGCCCUGUAAAUGUCUAAACAAGAAACGAGAGAAAAAAAAUUACAGUGCACCUGUAACAAACAGAGCAAAGAAAAGGAAAUCCCAACUUUUGUUUUGCAUAGUUAGAAUUUGCUCAUUAGAUUUAAAUUAAUUAAAAUA